GCGCCGCCCGCGGCCUGGUCACGUCCCCGCGCGGGCGCCGCCGCCCGCGUCGUGCGGAACGAGGGCGCCCCGGCCCGCGCUCGCCGCCCCGCCCGCGCCGCCGGAGCAGUUCGGCCACGCACCGCGCCGCGGCCCGGAGCUCUGCGAGGUCAAGACCGUCGUCUGCUGUUCAUCACUGAGAAUCUGGCCCCCAGAGCCUGGCCUAGCACUCAGCAGGGAGCCAGGAAACGGCUGUCAAAGGGGGCCACGAACGUGGCAGGUGAAGGCGGAUGCCCAAGGCAGGGGGACCACAGGGAGAGCCCGUGACAUCCUUACUGGCAGCCAGCCCUCCAGCCACACUCGGCAGCAUCACCCCAGCAACCAGCGACCAGACGGCUUCCCACCGUCAGGAGGACAGGGAAUGACUGCGGCGCAUCUGGCCCCGCGGUGGCCCUGGGAGGUGGAGUGUCCCUGAGUGAGGGCUCAGCCGCCUCCCACAGCGCAAGAGCCAUGCCAGCUGGAGAGGAGGCGCCAGGGCAAGGGCUGCAGUGGGGCAUGGCCUCGCCCCCCCACCCACGCUGAGCGCUCCAGGGCACCGGCUCCCAUCCACUGGGCGCACCUGCCUCGAGUCUCAGCUCCCCCGCUCGGUGGCCACCGGGAGAGGCGCCCCAUCCCGUGCUCCACGUCUGGGCCCGCCGCUGCCGGACCAUGGGAUGUCGGCAAAGCUCAGAGGAGAAAGAGGCAGCACGGCGGUCCCGGCGAAUUGACCGCCACCUGCGUUCGGAGAGCCAGCGGCAGCGCCGCGAGAUCAAGCUGCUCCUUCUGGGCACCAGCAACUCGGGCAAGAGCACCAUCGUGAAGCAGAUGAAGAUCAUCCACAGCGGCGGCUUCAACCUGGAGGCCUGCAAGGAGUACAAGCCGCUCAUCAUCUACAACGCCAUCGACUCGCUGACCCGCAUCAUCCGCGCCCUGGCCGCGCUCAAGAUCGACUUCCACAACCCCGACCGCGCCUACGACGCCGUGCAGCUGUUCGCGCUGACGGGCCCCGCCGAGAGCAAGGGCGAGAUCACACCUGAGCUGCUGGGUGUCAUGCGGCGGCUGUGGGCUGACCCCGGGGCGCAGGCCUGCUUCGGCCGCUCCAGCGAGUACCACCUGGAGGACAACGCGGCCUACUACCUGAACGACCUGGAGCGCAUCGCCGCGCCCGACUAUGUGCCCACCGUGGAGGACAUCCUGCGCUCCCGGGACAUGACCACGGGCAUCGUGGAGAACAAGUUCACCUUCAAGGAGCUCACCUUCAAGAUGGUGGACGUGGGCGGGCAGAGGUCAGAGCGCAAAAAGUGGAUCCACUGCUUCGAGGGCGUCACCGCCAUCAUCUUCUGCGUGGAGCUUAGUGGCUACGACCUGAAGCUCUACGAGGACAACCAGACGAGCCGGAUGGCGGAGAGCCUGCGCCUCUUUGACUCCAUCUGCAACAACAACUGGUUCGUCAGCACCUCCCUCAUCCUCUUCCUCAACAAGAAGGACCUGCUGGCGCAGAAGAUCCGGCGCAUCCCACUCACCGUGUGCUUCCCUGAGUACAGCGGCCAGAACACCUACGAGGAGGCCGCCGUCUACAUCCAGCGGCAGUUCGAGGACCUGAACCGCAACAAGGAGACCAAGGAGAUCUACUCCCACUUCACCUGUGCCACCGACACCAGUAACAUCCAGUUCGUGUUUGACGCCGUGACCGACGUCAUCAUCCAGAACAACCUCAAGUACAUCGGCCUCUGCUGAGGAGCCAGCGUCGGCUGUGGCGAGACUGGGGCAUCACACCCCGACCCGCGCUGGUGACCAGCACGGGGGCAGAAAACGGGGGCCCGGAGCGUGUCCCCCGCCCCGCCUCCUCGGUCCCCACGUUUCCGCAAACAUGAAUAUGUACGGAUAGAUCGCUAGGUAAGUAGACACACUUGCGCACACACGCACACACACACGCGCACGCUCUGCAGACAGCAGGCUCCCCGCGUAGCUGAGGUCCUGUGAAGACUUGAGGAGCUGUCACCAAGUCCACCCCGAGCCCCUCCUGCCACAUAACCCUGCCUUCCCGACGUGGCCCCACUCUGCAUGGGGGUCCGAGGGACCACAGGGAGGGGCGGCCGGCUCCCUGGGAGGAGACCCAGAGCAGGGGCCACGCCGCCCCACGUGCGCGCUGGGACCGGGCACCAGGCCUGCGACAGCACUGACCAGCCCUCCGGCCACUCACAGCUCUUUUUAAACCGCUUCAGAAUAUGCAGCAAAACUCCACAUGGUGACACGCGUGGCGCAACUUGUCUCAGACCAGGCGAGCUGGGCGCCAGCUUUUCUUCUACGAGUCGGACGUUUUAUAAACCGAAACCUGGUUUUUCUCCUCUGACAUCCUUUUUCUUUUCUUUUUUUUUUUUUGGCCAAAUCUCGUGGUGUUUCGCAGAAAUACAGAAAAUUUCCAAUGCAGUUGAGUAUUCUUUUUUAAAUGCAGAUUUUCAAAACCUAUUUUUUUUUUCGGGUGGUCCUUUUUGUGUCUGGCUUUGCUGAGUGUAAAAUUGUUACCUGGACAAGUCUGUCCCUCUGCGCCUGGCAGCAGCCUCGGCACCGAGUUGUACAUAAGCCCGUGCAGCGUCCUCUUGUUACUGGUGCGGUUUCCGCUUCGUUUUUCUUUCAGAAAAUAAAUGUGAUGUAUUUAAAGAAGGUCCUUCACCCAGGAGCGAACGAACAAUAGCUAAAUGUCUUGGUAUUUAAAGAGUAAAUUACCUGUGGCUUUUCUGCAAGUGGAGGAAAGGGAGGCCAGAGGGCAGCCUCGACUCCUGUGAAGGCUCGGCCGCCUCGCAGCCUGAGGGAGGCCCUUCCUGCCCAGGGCCCGGGGCACUGCCACCGCCACCGCCACGUGGAUUACCUUGGCUGAGGGCCGUGUGCAAACACGAAGGCGCCGCCAGAGCCCUUGCCAAACCUCCUCUCGGCCUUUGGUACCCUGAGCCCGAGGUUGGUGUGAGGAGUCACAGCCCAGGACUUUAAGGGAUGUCGAGAGGGAAAGAGGAGCUGGCGAUCGCACGAAAGUCCGAGAUUGUCUACUUUACGAAAAUAAAAUAUCCUGAAUGA